AUGGCAGUGUGGCUUCCAGGUAGGAAGGCAAUUCGAAUGCUCGAGUGGCUCGUUAAUUUAGGACCGACAACGUUUACGGGCGAAAACUGCUGCGAGCUGUUCAUCCAUGGAGGCCCGGCUGUGAUCGAAGAUGUACUCGAUGCUUUGGGCAAAGUUAAAGGCCUUAUGCCAGCGGAACCCGGAGAAUUCACUAAACGGCAGCCGCUGUUCAGUUUCGCCCCGGUUUGCCAUAAGGUGAUGAGCAGGUUCUUAUCGCCGACUCGUCGCAGUGUGUCCCGGUUUCCUAUUGGCCUGUGCGGCUCUUGA